AGUUGGCUACCUAAUAACUUUUGAUUAGGAGGGGCGAAGGCGACGACGGUAGGGCAGCAAAUUUGCGGUGUAGGCGAUCGGCGGAAUCUCUUGCAAGUUCAUCCCGGACUGGAACUGAAAACCUAGUCAAUUUUGCAAACACUGGUUCGUCUUCAGGCGUCUUCGAAUUCAAUGGUUUCUGCUGUCUCGACCUGCAUUCCCAUCAUCUGUCCCAUUUUCCGCUCCACUGAGCUCCUCACAUGAUUCCGACUCAAUGUUUUCUGUUCUGAUUGUCUCCGUUCAAAAGCUGAAAUAUUAUUUGUGAUCAACGAUGAACGCGGAAGAGGUAUUGGAGGAGCUUCUCAACGUAGAAGUGCAGAUAAAUGAAGUCCAAGCUGAAAUAAAUGUACUUCUGGAACACCAAGACAACUUGUACCAAAGAAAGUCCGAGUUGAAGUCUUUGUUAGAGCUCUGCAAAGAAACAGAAGAUUCCGACACCCAUGGCAAAGGCACUUCUACGAGCCAAGAAAAUUGGUCUGGUUCAUUUAAAUGGGAUUCUGAAGCGGACAACGUUAAGUUGAACAUCUUUGGCAUAUCCACAUAUCGUGCAAAUCAACGAGAGAUUAUCAAUGCUGUCAUGAGUGGGCGAAAUGUUUUGGUGAUUAUGGCUGCUGGAGGUGGGAAGAGUCUUUGUUACCAGCUACCAGCUCUUCUAUAUGAUGGACUUGCACUGGUUGUCAGUCCUUUACUCUCUUUGAUUCAGGAUCAGGUUAUGGGUUUGGCUGCUUUAGGAAUUCCAGCAUCUAUGCUUACAUCAGCAACAAGUAAAGAAGAUGAGAAGUUCAUAUAUAAAAAUCUCGAAAAGGGUGAAGGAAAUAUAAAAAUAUUAUAUGUCACACCAGAAAAGAUAUCAAAGAGCAAGAGAUUUAUGUCAAAACUUGAAAAGUGCUAUCAUGCUGGACGUCUUUCUCUUAUUGCAAUUGACGAGGCUCAUUGCUGUAGUCAGUGGGGUCAUGACUUUCGACCUGACUACAAGAAUCUUGGUAUUCUGAAGACUCAGUUUCCAAAUGCUCCUGUUAUUGCUUUAACUGCAACUGCCACUCAGAGGGUCCAAAAUGAUCUGGUGGAGAUGCUUCGCAUCCCCAAAUAUGUUAAAUUUGUCAGUACAGUCAACAGACCGAACCUCUUUUACAUGGUACGAGAAAAGUCAUCCGUUAGUAAGGUGGUGAUGGAUAAAAUAGCUGAAUUUAUACAAGAAUCUUAUCCAAACAAUGAAUCUGGGAUAAUAUACUGCUUUUCCCGAAAGGAGUGUGAGCAGGUUGCAAAGGAGUUAUGUGCGAGGGGUAUUGCUGCCGACUAUUAUCAUGCUGAUAUGGAUUCUGUUGCACGUGAGAAAGUUCAUAUGCGGUGGAGCAAUUCUAGAUUGCAGGUUAUCGUCGGCACGGUAGCCUUUGGUAUGGGAAUCAACAAACCAGAUGUUAGGUUUGUCAUUCAUCACAGUCUGAGCAAAUCAAUGGAAACAUACUAUCAGGAAAGUGGUCGUGCUGGACGGGAUGGGCUUCCAUCCGAAUGCCUACUUUACUAUAGGCCUGGUGAUGUUCCAAGACAAAGUUCAAUGGUAUUUUAUGAGAAUUCCGGAUUGGAGAAUCUCUAUGGUAUUGUUCAAUAUUGUCAGUCCAAAAAACAAUGUCGCCGUAGUGCCUUUUUCCAGCAUUUUGCCGAGCCAUUAAAAGACUGCAAUGGGAUGUGUGAUACGUGUGCAGUCUCCAGCGAGGUGAAGGAAGUCGAUAUUUGUAGUCAUGCUAGAGUUAUUAUUUCAAUAUUACAAGAUGUACAGAACAGCAAUCAGAGGAUGACAAUGUUGCAAUUGGUUGACAAAUUGAAAGUAAAACACAACGAACUAGUUUCUGACCUGAGGAGGGAGGAAAUAGAGCAACUUAUCAUACAACUGUUAUUAGAUCGUGUUUUGAAAGAAGAAUUUCAGCAUACAGCUUAUGCUACAAAUGCGUAUGUUACUGUUGGGCCAUUGUCCAGGCAAGUAUUGCAAGGGAAGAAGGCUGUGAAACUUGAGAUUUCCAGCAAACAAAAGGUAACUGGUGUUAAAUCUAGAAGAAAAGGUAUUGCUUCAUCAGGUUUAGAGUACAAGCUUGACGAGUUACGCAAGGAACUUGCUUCUGCUGGCGGAGGCAUAUUCCCUCAUUCAGUGCUCUCUACUCAGCAAAUCGGCGUAUUAAGUGACCAAAAGCCCACUUCCUUGGAUGAGUUGGAAACGAUGAUUGGAAAAGUGAAGGCAGAGAAGUAUGGAAAAAGAAUUCUCGAGGAAGUAGAAAAGUGGUCCAUUGCUCAAAGCCAGAAUGCUUCUUCACAAGAAGAGCAAGAACUAGAAGAUGAAACUAGGACUGCAAAGAGACCAAAAACCAUCAACUCUCAUGUCAUUAUUGAGAGCAGCGACGAGGAAUCCUAAUGAGUUCAAUUGAGACUUGGCAACGUAUGCACUUGUCUUCUUCAUAUUACCGAUUUUGGCGUCAGGAUCACAAAUCUACUGGUUUGUAGUUUCCUAUUUGAGGCUGCUGUGAUUAAAGGCAUAUGGUUUUUGGUUGUUUCCUAUUUUGAUGGAUUCCAAGGGGAUUCUUCAUUACUGAUAGAGCAGAACUUCAAUUGCCCAUGUCUUGAUCUGGGUUUAAAUUUUGAGAAUUUGAUGUAUACUUAAUUUUCCCUUGAAUUAUUUAUUCUCCAAGAGUUUGUUUUACUUUUGGAAUGGAAAGGUGGAGAAUAAUCUUAUUUGGAUUUGAAUGCAUAAAAAUGAUGUUUAGUACAUGACAUUGACAAUGAAGUUUCAGAAUGAAUAAAAGAUUGGUAGGCUAAGAUGUGUUUGGAUUGCAUAA